AUGAAACUAUUGUUAUAUUUUCUGAUAAUCACCCUUGUGGGGAGAAAUGAAGGCAACAAUCAUUUUCCACAUUUUCGUAAAUUGAAAUCUCGAGCUACUGCCUCUGUCCAGACUGCUGCUGCACAAGAUGUUGUCAGACGACUCAUUCCAGAUCGUGCUGAAGAGUUCAAUAUUCAGGUUGAUCCUCAACUUGCAGAAGGAGACAAAGAUGUCUUCACGUUGGUUACUGAUAAAGUCACUGGAAAGAUAAAUAUAACCGGAAAUGCUGGAGUAGUGGCAACAUGGGGUUUCUAUCAUUUCCUUAAGUUUCACUGUGGAUGCCAUGUUUCUUGGGGAGGACAACAGCUGAACAUUCCAAAACCCCUUCCAGUCAUUGAAGCUCCAGGACACAGGAUGGUUUCUAAUGAUCAAUUCCGUUACUAUGAGAACGUGUGUACAGUCAGUUACUCUUUUGUCUGGUACAACUGGACUGAUUGGGAAAGACAAAUAGAUUGGAUGGCUCUGAAUGGUAUUAACCUUCCCUUGGCCUUCAACGGACAAGAAGCCAUCAUGCAAAGGGUUUUUACUAACAUGAACUUCACACAAAAAGAUCUUGAUGACUUUUUUACUGGACCAGCUUUUCUUGCUUGGUUUCGUAUGGGCAAUAUUCAAAAAUGGGGUGGUCCUCUUCCACAGUCUUGGAUAAAUGAUCAAUUGGUAUUGCAGCACCGAAUCCUUCGCAGAAUGCGUUCUUUGGGAAUGAUUCCUGUUUUAGCUGGAUUUGGAGGUCAUGUGCCAGCAAAUAUUAAAAAAUUGUACCCAAAUGUGAAUGUGUCGACAUUGACAAACUGGAGUCAAUUUAAACCACCGUACAGUGGGACCACCAUUAUUAAUUUUGAUGAUCCACUUUUUGCUGAAGUUGGUAGGAGGUUUAUUGAAGAGACUAUUAAAGAACUUGGAACAAAUCAUGUUUAUGCAACUGACUUAUUCAAUGAAAUGCGACCCAAAUCCAGUAAUAUUACGUACCUGAAAAUGUCUGGUGCUGCUAUUUAUAAAGGAAUGGUUUCUGCUGACCCUGAUGCUGUUUGGGUGAUGCAAGGUUGGCUUUUUCAAGAUUCUUCAUUUUGGAAACUUCCUCAAGCCAAAGCCCUUCUCACUUCAGUUCCAAUGGGAAGAAUGAUUGUUUUGGAUUUAUUUGCUGAAAUAAGGCCUUUAUGGCAGAAAUAUGAUUCCUUCUUUGGUCAGCCAUUUGUCUGGUGUAUGUUACACAACUAUGGUGGCACUAUGGACCUUUAUGGAGAUAUAGAAAGUGUUAAUGUGGGACCAAGUACAGCGCGUUCAUAUCCAAACAGUUCAAUGAUUGGUAUUGGUAUAAGUCCAGAGGGAAUUAACCAAAAUUAUGUCAUGUAUGAAUUUAUGUUGGAUCAGGGCAUAGGGCCUGGACCCAAAAAUAUCGCAGAGUGGAUCUCUGGCUAUGCAAAAAGACGAUACGGGGUUGAAAAUCGUUAUAUUGAUAUAGGAUGGCAGCUCCUCCGGGGCACUGUCUACAGUUGCAAUAAAACAAUUCAUGAUGCUCAUGGUAAUGUGGUCUUUACUGGAAGGCCUCAUUUAAACAUGAAAGAAGCUGUAAGUUUUGUUACAAAUCAUUUCUAA